GUAAACGGUGUACUUUCUUCCCCUUCUCGGAGAUUGCGAGGACGCAGUGUUGGGGGAGAGAGUCGAGAGAGGCGAUGUUCGGUGCUCUGAAAUUGCAGUUCUCGAACCCUCCAAUAAGCACAAACUACAAAAGGCGCAGCUUUUCCGUUGCCAUUGAGCCGCGUCACCUUCACGAUCUCAAGAAACCAGUCCGACAAUUUGCGUCUCUGUCGACACAAGUAGAGUACAAUGCAACUGCCGCGUCUGCUCCGUCGAUCUCCUCGCAGUACACAUCUACUGUCGGAUCUCCUUCGGCGUCCUCACUUCAGCUUACCCAAUGGAAUUUUAACCACCGUCACAUGCUCAUGCUUCAAGCCGUUGCUUGCGCGGCUGCGGUUUCGGCAACCUGGCUGUUUUUCUCUGCUAUACCGACUCUUCUGGCUUUUAAGAGAGCAGCGGAAUCCCUAGAAAAGCUCAUGGAUGUCACGAGGGAAGAGCUUCCUGACACAAUGGCUGCUGUUCGGUUAUCUGGGAUGGAGAUCAGUGACCUAACAAUGGAGCUCAGUGAUUUGGGCCAGGAGAUUACCCAAGGUGUUAAAAGCUCCACUCGAGCUGUGCGCUUAGCUGAGGAAAGAUUGCGCCGGCUGACAAACAUGGCCCCAUCAGCUUCGUUGCAGGAGGUAGCCAGCCCCAAAACUGAGGACACAGUGCCAGUGUUGGCUAGAACUGCAAGGGGCGUUAGGGAGGGGAUUGUGAAGGGUCGUGCCAUUCUGCAAAUGUUUUUCACCCUCACCCGGUUUUCUAGGUUGGCCCUCAACUAUUUCACUAAUAGAGCUAAGCGGUAGGUGCUAGGAUAUGUGAGCUUAACAGUGAGAACCAUCAAAAUAUGUCUUUUGUACAUAUCUUUUGUUUUAAUUUCUUCUACCCGUUUUCAGUAAAUGUUGUUGUUGAGAUUUUACCUUUCAGGGUGCUAGGCCAUGGACCUAGGAGGUCAAGGCGAUAAAUGUAGUUGUCACGUUGCUUUAUCUUCUGCUUUUAGUUGCAGAAGGUUUCUUGUAGCCUUUGUCAAUCCAUGUACCUCGACAUUUUAAGCUUUCUAUGAACUUUUUACGCACAAGUAUAAGCUUGUGGUC